AACCCUAGCUCACGAUGAUUUUAGCUCCCAAAAGGUUUUAGACAUCUUCUUUCAAUUCUCCGACUGAAUUUUUUCUUCGGUUGUCGGAGUCUCGCCGGACUUUGAACCGUCGACAGGUUUCAUCAUGGCGGGAGGGAAGAUGAAGAAAGACAAGCCUCAGCGGGGCUCAUCAUUCGGUGCCUCAAAUCCUCACUUCCAGGGAGGGAUAUCGUUCCACAAGUCGAAGGGUCAGCAUAUUCUGAAAAAUCCUCUACUGGUUGAUUCUAUUGUCCAAAAAUCCGGAAUUAAAUCUACCGAUGUUAUCCUCGAAAUUGGUCCUGGUACCGGUAACCUUACAAAGAAGCUUCUAGAAGCCGGAAAAUCUGUUAUUGCUGUUGAGCUUGAUCCUCGUAUGGUCCUCGAAUUGCAACGGAGGUUUCAGGGAACUCCUUUAUCUAACCGACUGAAGGUUAUACAAGGGGAUGUUCUCAAGUGUGAUCUCCCUUACUUCGACAUUUGUGUGGCUAACAUCCCAUAUCAAAUAUCAUCUCCUCUUACCUUCAAAUUAUUGGCUCAUAGGCCUUUAUUCAGAGCUGCAGUAAUAAUGUUCCAGAGGGAAUUUGCUAUGAGGCUUGUUGCUCAACCUGGUGAUUCUCUUUAUUGCCGCCUAUCUGUGAACACACAGCUGUUGGCCCGAGUAUCACACUUAUUGAAGGUAGGAAAGAAUAAUUUCAGGCCGCCUCCAAAGGUUGAUUCUUCUGUAGUUAGAAUUGAACCUAGGGGACCACUUACUCCUGUCAAUUUCAAGGAGUGGGAUGGUUUAGUCAGGAUCUGUUUCAACCGGAAAAACAAAACUAUAGGUUCUAUUUUUAGACAAAAAUCUGUGCUCUCCAUACUGGAAAAGAACUAUAGAACUUUGCAAGCUUUACAACUCUCUGAGAAAGCUCCUUCAGACGAUAUGGAAAUGGCUUUGGACGUAUCUACCUUGGGAGAGUCAUUUGGAGACUUGAGUAUGGAUGCUGAUGAUGGAAAUGAUGAUGACGAUGUGGAGAUGGAUGAUGGUGAUACUAAAAGAGCAGAAUUCAAAGAGAGAGUUUUGGCAGUGCUGAAGGAAGGGAAAUAUGAGGAGAAUAGAUCUUCCAAACUCGCACAAGCAGAUUUCAUGCAUCUACUUUCUCUCUUUAACAAGGCCGGAAUUCAUUUUUCUUGAUUCAUGGGGCAGCUAGCUAUACGAGCUUAUUAUUUCUUUUUGGCCAUGGAGAUCCAAUUUUGUUUCGCUCAUAAUGAUUUAAGGCUUGAAAUUUGUAGAUAACUUGCACUUGGCGUUUCAUUAUAUGGUGGAUUUAAAUGAGAUUAGAAGAUUUUUUUCCUGGCAUUUUUAUAGUGCACUUUUGGGUAUCUAUGACUGUUCAACAAGUGUUAAUCUAGUCAUGUUGUUGC